AUGGCUCAAGAAACUAAUCACAGCCAAGUGCCUAUGCUUUGUUCCACUGGCUGCGGAUUUUAUGGAAACCCUCGUACAAAUGGCAUGUGUUCAGUAUGUUAUAAAGAACAUCUUCAAAGACAGAAUAGUAGUAAUAGUAGAAUAAGCCCACCUGGUUUGAAUGCCGGUGUGGAAAUGUUUACUGUGGUGUACACCGUUACUCAGAUGUACACAAUUGCUCUUACAAUUACAAAGCUGAUGCUGCUGAGAAAAUCAGAAAAGAAAAUCCAGUGGUUGUUGGUGAAAAGAUCCAGAAGAUUUGAACUCCUGCUGGAAUACAAAAUCCUUUGACCAUCUGCAAACUAAAAAUUGACUUGAGGUUUUUUUUCCUAGUCAUUGGGAAUGUAGAGCAAUGUAUCUUGCAUAGACCUUUUAAUCAUGCAUGUCAU